AUGAAAACUAAAAAUUGCCGGACUUGUCUUAAUUGAAGGUUAGGCAUAAGGUUAGCAGUGUGGUUAAGAUUAGGUUUGAAAUCACAUUUUAAGAAGAUAAUUUGUAGAAAUAGGCGGGGUUUAUGACUUUGUGGUUGUAGUAACUAGUGACAACCGUUUCACUGGAAGUAUAGCGAGUUCACUACUUAAAAAUCCAGUUUCAUGAUUCACUUCAUUAAUAAAUCAUCUGAUUCGCUGUCAUGGCGCAAUAUGCAGCUUGUCCUGCGUUCCAGCUUGGAAGACCUCGAUAUGAUCAGAGUACCUUUCUUGGCCGGCUGAGACACUUUGUAGCGAUCAUCGACCCCAGCACACUCUUUGUGUCUGAGAAACGAUUGAGAGAAUGCGUCAAACUCCUGGAUGAUUUUCAACAUGGAACACUACCACCUGGAGUUACAGAUCUACAGCUAUGGGAAGCCCAAAAGGUGAAGCAGGCCAUCAUUCAUCCUGACACAGGAGAGAAGAUCUUCAUGCCUUUCCGAAUGUCAGGUUAUGUCCCAUUUGGAACACCAAUUGUUGUGGGCCUUCUUCUUCCAAAUCAGACUGUGGUAUCUACUAUUUUCUGGCAGUGGCUGAACCAAAGUCACAAUGCCUGUGUCAACUACUCAAACCGCAAUGCUACUAAGCCUACACCAACAUCCACGUUUCUUCAAGGUUACUUCGGAGCUGUGACCAGUGCUGUCUCCCUUGCGGUGGGACUGAAUGUACUGAUUCAGAGAGCCAACAGGUUGAGUCCAGCAACCCAAAUAAUCAUACAGAGACUCAUCCCUUUCCCAGCUGUGGCCAGUGCCAACAUUUGCAAUGUGGGCCUCAUGAGGCACAAUGAGCUGUCGGAGGGCAUCGACGUGCUGGACGGAAAUGGGAACGUGGUGGGCUCCUCAAAGAUUGCUGCCAAACAUGCAAUUAUGGAAACUGCCUUUACCAGAGUGGUCCUCCCGAUGCCAAUCUUUGUCCUUCCUCCCAUCAUCAUGUCCUACCUAGAAAAACUUCCAUUCCUGCAGAUGAAUCGGAGGCUGUUGCUGCCCAUCCACAGCCUGGUGUGUCUGGCUACCUUCAGCCUCUCGCUGCCCCUGGCCAUCAGCCUAUUCCCACAGAUGUCUCAGAUUGAGGUGUCUCAGCUUGAGCCUGAAAUUGCCAUGGCAACCAAUAGCAAGGUGGUGACCUACAACAAGGGAUUGUGAGGACCGUCCCGGGAACAGUGAUUCAAAUGAGCCUCCUUUUUGAUUGGCUGUCACUGACACUCCAGUUUCCCCACUAAUGGAUUGGCGGAAGGGAAGCUUAU